CUCCCACGUUUAUCGCGAACCCGUGAAAGCAGCAGUGUAGGUGUCCUUCCAGCUGCCUGAACAGAAACAGAAAUUGUCAGCAGCAGCGCCACGUCAAUCCUUCGAUGUGUGGACUUGUGUCACAUGCUGAGUGGUGUUGAACCGUAUAUACAGUCUGUGUGUUGAACCUUCACUCUGUGCACGUCUUCAUGCAGUAGCUGCCCCCGCCUCCUUCCCGGGUGUUUUCAGACGCAGUCAUCGCAGCCCGCCGUCAUGGAGUGUCGUGUGUUGUCCAUCCAGAGCCACGUUGUCAGGGGAUACGUCGGGAACAAGUCGGCAUCCUUUCCUCUGCAGGUGCUGGGCUUCGAAGUGGACUCUAUCAAUUCCGUCCAGUUCUCCAAUCACACAGGCUACUCCCACUGGAAGGGACAAGUCCUGACAGCAGAGGAGCUUAAAGUGCUGUAUGAAGGCAUCAAGCUCAACGAGGUGAACCACUAUGACUACAUCCUCACAGGUUACAGCAGGGACACGUCCUUCCUGGGAAUGGUGGUUGAUAUUAUUCAGGAGCUGAAGAAAGCCAAUCCAAGCCUGGUAUAUGUUUGUGAUCCUGUUAUGGGCGACCAAGGUGCUAUGUAUGUUCCAGAGGCCCUGUUGCCAGUCUACAAAGACAAAGUAGUGCCUUUGGCUGACAUACUCACCCCCAACCAGUUUGAAGCAGAGCUAUUAACUGGGAGGAAAAUUAACACAGAGGAAGACGCUCUUGAGGUGAUGGAGCUUCUUCAUAAAAUGGGACCAGAUACUGUGGUCCUCACCAGUACAGAACUGCUCUCCAAACGUGGGGACCAGUUCCUGGUGGCCCUUGGGAGCCAAAAAAUAGUGAAACCAGAUGGGACUAAGACCACUCAGAAAAUCUGCAUGGACAUCCCCAAAGUCGAUGCUGUAUUUGUGGGGACAGGAGACCUUUUUGCCGCCAUGUUGCUUGCCUGGACUCACCAUCACCCCAAGGACCUGAAGGCUGCCUGUGAAAAGACUGUGUCGGUGAUGCACCAUGUCAUUAAGAGGACCAUUACUUACGCCAAUGAAAUGGCUGGUCCUGGGAAAAGGCCCAGUCCUGCACAACUGGAGCUGAGGAUGAUUCAGAGCAAAGCUGACAUAGAGAAUCCUGCCAUCGUAGUGGAAGCAAAGGUUUUAGAAAAGUCUUCACAAUGAAGGCAGUAGCAUUGUGUGUGUGUGUGUGUGUGUGUGUGUGAACAUUCGCAUUGUGCUGGUACCAAUCAGUUUAGAAUCUGGGAGCUCUGCCUGACACAUUUUUCUCACACAGAAUUUCCACAUCAAAGACUCACAUGUCUCUGCCUUACUCUCUGAGGAAGUACAACUAUGUUUUGGGGUCAGUAGGAUUGAUUUAUUGUAUGCACAUAAUGGAAUCACUGCCACUGUGUCUGUACUACGGCCUUCUGUAGAUGGUACCUACUAUGAUCAAGAUUAUUUUGUGCGAUAAAACCUUAAAUUUUGUUUAAGUUGAAGAGAAAAUACAAAAAGUCCACUUAUUUUGGCUAGGAUAGUCAGUCCUCAUCCCAUGUGAUGCUCACAAGGCAUUAUAAGCACAGCCUUCUACAGUACGCUCUCUAUCUAUAAUACAUUUUCAAAAUUAUGUGAUUGGUCAGAAGUAACACAUAAUGCAAAAGCAAAUGGUCUCUGUUUCCUAUUUGGGAAAGAAAAAAUGAUAAUUAUACCAACCAUUCUAAUCAUAACAAUGAUGUCAAUGUCAUUUUACUACUUUGUGACUUUUCUGAAAUCGUGAUAAAGAUAUGAAUGCAUGCAGUGUGCUUAUAUUGCACUUUAAGUCCUUCUACAUUAAAGACUGGAUGCAUUUUACACCAAUCCGCCAAUAUGAAUUAACAGUUACUUGAUUUAAAACUUAUUGUGAGGUUUCAUUUCUUUUCCAUGGUUACCUUUUUAAAUACAGUGUCUGUAAAUGCCGAGACAUGUAAUGUAACUUCCAUCUUAUGCAAUGAGUAUAUGGUCUUAAAUGUUUAAUCUUCACAGCUUAUUUGACUUUGUUUUAGAGAAAUCAUUACUUUACUGAUAAUCAUAAUUUUAUUUGUCUUAACAGUUUUUCACCUCCUUUUUAUAAUUAUGCAAUGCUUUCUUUAACUAGCAGAAGUGUAACAUGCUAAAUUCCUGUCUUAAGCAUCUCAAAUUGAGGUAUUUGCACAGAUAAUCUGAUAGUAUACUUACUAAUUAUUUUCAUGUUUGACUGUUUGUCAUAUCUCAAGAAAAGAGUUGGUUAUGUGAGACCACGCUGUAUAUCAGCCUUAACAGGGUUGGGAAGAUAAAAAACAUUUGUUGUGAAUGUUUUUUGUGUACCAAUGUAAUAUAUGAUCCCCAACAACACAUAAUGUAAGAAAGUCAAGUGACAAACCUUGAGCUGCUGCUCUGAAUCAAAUGAAUAUAAGAACAAGAAUAAUAAAUGAUUAAUCUUUUACUGAAA